CUUAUUACUUAUACAUUGUACAGACUACAGUUAAACUUAAUAGAAGUGCUAAACGCGUUUAUUUUGUAAAACAAAGUAUUUUUAACGCAAUGCUUGCUUAUACUGGUGCUGGUAUACCUGAUAAAUCUUGGCAACCUCCUGUUGCAAUUUUAGAAACAACAAUGGGAACUAUAAUUGUAGAAAUGUAUUGGAAACACACACCAUUAACAUGCAGAAAUUUUAUGGAAUUAGUAAGAAGAGGUUAUUAUAACAACACCAAGUUUCAUAGAAUUAUUAGGGAUUUUAUGAUCCAGGGAGGUGACCCAUCAGGCACGGGAAAAGGGGGUCAAUCAAUAUAUGGACCACAGUUUAAUGAUGAAAUAACACCAGACUUAAAGCACACUGGUGCUGGAAUCUUGUCUAUGGCAAAUGCAGGUCCUAAUACAAACGGCUCUCAGUUUUUUAUUACAUUAGCACCAACGCAAUGGCUAGAUGGUAAACAUACUAUAUUUGGCAGAGUACAAAGUGGAAUGUCCAUUGUAAAAAGAAUAGGAUUAGUGGAAUGUGACAAGAAUGAUUAUCCUGUAGAUGUUGUACGCAUAGAAAAAGCUUAUAUACUUAAGUGAUGAUAUUAUGUAAUUAAUAAAUUUUAUUUAAAUUAUA